AUGGGCAACACGGCCACCAAGUUUCGCAAGGCCCUGGUGGGUGGUGACGAGGCCCUGGCCUGGCAGCUGUACGAGGGGAACCCCCAGUUCCGGGAGGGCCUGGACCCCAACGCCUCGUACGGGGAGCAGUACCAGCACAACACCGCCCUGCACUACGUCUGCCGCCACGCCAUGACCCGCCUGCUCAGGCUGGAGGGAGGCCAGUACGAGAAAGCAAAUGUCAACGCCACAGACAACCACCACAGCACCUGCCUGCACUACGCCGCCGCCGCCGGGAUGAAGAGCUGCGUGGAGGUGAGUGGGGUCGAGUCCCCCCGGCGUCACUCUGACGUCUGGGGAGCUGCUCUUCCUGUUGUGCCGACCCGUCACAGGAAGGCCGUCCUCAGCAGGAGCACUUACGGACAUUCUCACAUCAGCUGGAUCUCCUUUCUGCUGAUCCAGAGCGAGGCCGAUCUUUUCGUGGAGGAUGAGGACAAGUUGACGCCGUGCGACCAUGCUGAGCGGCACCACCACACCGAGCUGGCUCUGAGCCUGGAGUCGCAGAUGGUUUUCUCCUCCGCCUCGGCUCAGCAGUCCAACGCAGACACACAUGGCGAAACAGGCCUGCUGCAAUACAAGGAGCCUUAUGAGGGCCUGAAGCUUCAAGACCUGCGCAGGUUGAAGGACAUGUUGAUAGUGGAGACUGCAGACAUGCUGCAGGCCCCCCUCUUCACUGCCGAGGCCCUGCUUCGGGCGCAUGAUUGGGACAGAGAAAAGCUUCUGGAGGCCUGGAUGUCCGAUGCUGAGGGCUGCUGCCAGCGCUCUGGUGUUGCCAUGCCGACCCCGCCGCCUAGCGGCUACAAUGCCUGGGACACCCUGCCCUCUCCCCGCACUCCCAGGACCCCACGCUCGCCCCUAACUCUCACCCUCACAUCGCCCACAGACAGCUGCCUCACACCCGGGGAGGAGGGCCUGGCCACGUGUGGAAUCUGUCUGUGCUCCAUCUCAGUGUUUGAGGACCCGGUGGACAUGUCCUGUGGUCAUGAGUUCUGCCGAUCCUGCUGGGAGGGGUUCCUUAAUGUAAAGAUUCAGGAGGGUGAUGCUCACAACAUCUUCUGUCCAGCAUACGACUGCUACCACUUGGUCCCAGUGCACGUGAUAGAGAGUGUGGUCUCCAGAGAGAUGGACCAGCGAUACCUACAGUUUGACAUAAAGGCAUUUGUGGAGAACAAUCCAGCCAUCCGCUGGUGCCCCGCAGCCCGCUGUGAGCGAGCAGUGAGGCUCACCCGACCCGGCCCCGGAGACAAUGACCCGCACAGCUUUCCUCUGCUGCCCUCUCCAGCUGUCGAUUGUGGCAAGGGGCACCUCUUCUGCUGGGAAUGCCUUGGCGAGGCCCACGAACCAUGUGACUGUCAGAUGUGGAGGAACUGGCUCCAGAAGGUCACAGAAAUGAAGCCCGAGGAAUUGGCGGGUGUGAGCGAGGCUUAUGAAGACGCUGCUAACUGCCUGUGGCUGCUGACCAACUCCAAACCAUGUGCCAACUGCAAGUCGCCCAUUCAGAAGAAUGAGGGCUGCAACCACAUGCAGUGUGCCAAGUGUAAAUAUGACUUUUGUUGGAUCUGUCUGGAGGAGUGGAAGAAACACAGCUCAUCCACAGGAGGCUACUAUCGCUGCACUCGCUACGAGGUCAUUCAGCAGCUGGAGGAGCAGUCCAAAGAAAUGACUGUAGAGGCGGAAAAGAAGCACAAGAGUUUCCAGGAGCUGGACCGCUUCAUGCACUACUACACUCGCUUCAGGAACCACGAACACAGUUACAAGCUGGAGCAGAGGCUGCUGAAGACGGCCAAAGAGAAGAUGGAGCAGCUGAGCAGGGCCUUCAUUUGCCGUGAGCCCGGCCCCUCCCCGGCUGUGAUUCCUCGGAUCCACCCCCGGGAGGCCUCGGGCUGGCUAAACGUGCCCGUUUCUGCUGCCGCCGCAGGUGAGGGCGCCCCGCCGGACACGCGCUUCAUCGAGGACGGCGUGACGGAGCUGCUGAAGACGCGGCGCGUGCUGAAGUGCUCUUACCCCUACGGCUUCUUCCUGCUGCAAGGCAGCACCCAGAAAGAGAUAUUCGAGCUCAUGCAGACUGACCUGGAGAUGGUGGUGGAGGACCUGGCUCAGAAGGUGAACAGGCCGUACCUGAGGACGCCGUGUCACAAGAUAAUCAGCGCGGCCCGCCUGGUGCAGCAGAAGAGGCAGGAGUUCCUGGCCUCAGUGGCCCGCGGCGUCGCCCCCAAUGACUCCCCGGAGCUGCCCCGCAGAAAUUACCCUGGAGGAUCGUGGGACUGGGAGUACCUCGGCUUUGCAUCUCCUGAGAUGGGAAGUCGUCACUCUGUACUGGGAACAGGAGAUCACAGAGACAGACAGUCCCAGGAUUAUGCUGACAUCCAGUACCGGCGGAGGCACCGGCCGCGGCGCAGAGGAGAAAUGCUGAGUCUGCACAGCCUGAGAAGCAGCAGCAACACGCCGGAGACCGGGCGGCGGAGCGACAGCACAGGUGCAGCCGCCCUCUCAGCCUUGGCCAACUCCAUUAGGCCAGAAGGCAAACGUCACUCUCCAUUCUUUCGCCCCUUUAAGUUAAAAGAAAAUGGAGAGGGCCCUGAGAGGAGCGAUGGCCGCCGCAGAGCGCUGGGCUCCCUGGACGAGGACGACCCCAACAUCCUGCUGGCCAUCCAGCUGGACUGA